AUGAGUGCUAAACGCAAACGUUGUCGUUGUGUCCUUAGAGGACUAAAACUAAAUGCGAUUCGUCGUCUGGACAAUGAAGGUCAUGGCGCAAACUUUUCGGAAUUGAAAAAGGCAAGCCGCCAAGAGACAGCUGCUCCUGAAAACCAGCCAAGAGCAUGUCCUCCUGAAAAUGAAGAGCUUGUGAAUCUUUGUAACCACCUUCCAGUGGCUGAGCCCAUCAGUGCAGAGGACAUCAGUGAAUGGAUCAAUGGAGAUGAGGAUCAGGCCCUAACUGAUGACGUGAUUAUCCAGAUGCUCAACCAACCAGAAGAUGAUGACAACGAUGAACCUGAUGGGGCGACUGAGAAAAUAUCACAUACAGAAGGUCUAAGAACGAUCGAGGGAGCACUGGCAUACAUUGAACAACAAGAAACCGCAACAACAAACGAUUUAGUUUGGCUGCUGCGACGCUGGCGCAACAGGGCGGCUAGCCUAAGAUCCUCUAAUCUAAGUCAAAAAACAAUAAACUGA